GUUGACAGUUGACAACACUCCCGCAGUAGCGCUGCCGCAACAAAUAACAAUAUGGCUGCCAUAAUAACAAUUUAACAAUAACAACAAGUCAACAACAAUUACAAAGCUGAUGAAAAUGUCAAGACAACCACAAAAAAUUAUUGGAGCAUUAACAGCAAAUAUUCACAAGUCAUCUAGGAUUGCUGGUGCUAUUGAAAAUGCAUCAGAAAAAGCACAAAGUUUUCAAAAUGUUGCAUCAGAAAAAUACAACACACUUGUAAAGAAUGUUCAUGGAGGAACAGCAACAAUAAUUCAAGAUUUUCGUGAAGCACGUUUACAACCAUCUCGACCAGUACCAAGACAAUUGAUUGAUUGGUUUAAAUGGUAUGAACAUUUAACUGGUAUUGAAGAUGUUGAAUUAUCAAAACGUCAAGUUAUUGAUGUACAAGAUAAACUAUUUGAAUGUCAAGAUAAACGUAGAAAUUUAACAAAUGAAUCAAGUCAAAUUGCUGAAAAGCUAAAAGAUAUUUAUGGUGAGCUAUUACAAACUCGAAGAGAUGAUCCAAAAUAUGUACAAUUAACAAUAACAGAAAAUAAAUCAUUACAAGAACAAGGUAAAAUAAUGACAAAUAUAAAAUUAUUAGAAAAUGAAGAACGUGAUUAUUUUACACAAUUAGCAACAGCAAUUAAAGAAUAUCAUGAUAGCCAACAAAUUAAUGCACAAAAAUAUAAAUAUUUAUCAAUUCUUGCAUCAGCAGCAAUUGCAAUAAUAUCAUUGGGUGGUUCAAUGAUUUAUAAUAAUCGUAGAAUAACUGAUGUUAGAAAUGUCAUUACCAGUGGACAAAUUAAAAAUGAAGAAUUAUUUAAAAAUUAUUUUGAUACAUUAGAUUUAAGUUUAAAAGAAAUUUUAGAAAAUAAUAAACACAUCAUUGAAUCAUCAUCUUUGAAAUUAAAUGAAUCUAAUGAAUCUCAAGAUUCUGAAAAAUCAAUUAGUCAAAAUAAUAUAAAAACAAAUGAUACACAUUUGAAUUUAUAUGAACAAAAAAAUUUCAUUAUUGGUGGCACAGUGCUUGCAAUUUGUUAUUUAAUUAGUCGAUUUGUUACUUAGAUAUUAUUUACUGUAAAAAAAAAAAAAAUACAACAUGAAUAAUAAAAAAAAUAUAUACAAUGUUUAAAAAUUCAAGAUAUUUAUUUAAAAAUUAAAUGUUAUUUAAUAGACAAAAA